UGAACAUAGUGACGCUGGACUGUACGGAGUACCACCCCGCGCCCAACUACCGCAGCUACGGCGGCUCCGGCCGCAAGAGUCGCUUCCUGCAUCUUAGCACUGCUGAGAGGAAGAAGCAAGUGAUAGCCGAGAUAUCAGAAGCGGAGUCUACGCUACAAUCUCUGGAAGCGAAGGCAGAACAACUGAACCAAGAAGCGAAGGAAGCGCGGGACAUCGAGCGCGCGGCGUCUAAAGCGCUGCAAGCGCUGCUCACUGAACAGCACCAGAAGGACAAGGCUGCCAGACUGGCCGCUGAAGCGCUGAAUCAGCAGCAGGCGCCGCAACAUGCUGUGCUGUUGGAUGAACUGAACAUAAGCAAAGAGAGGGUGCAGACUCUACAGCGUCAGGUCGAAGAGUUGGCUACCAAGGAGACGCAGUACCGACAGACGUUAGACGAGUAUGACGUCAGAAUGAAGAAGAGCAAGCACAAGCUCGCUGAGCUUAAUACUAGCUGUAGGAGUAUGAGAGAAGAGAUUGACCAAGAGCAAAUGAAAGUGGACCAAGGCGUGACGGAACGUAAGACUCAAGAACAACGCCUUCGAGAGGACAAUAUCAAGUUGACGCAAGUUCAGGCCAUACUUGAGGACAAACAGCGCGUUAUUGUGCAGAAGAUUGAGGCCGCUGAGAAACUCUGUCAGAGGGUCGAAAAUCCUAGGGACAAAGCCAUAGUAACGAACGAGCUAAAGAAGAUCCAGUUGAAGCUAAGCUCGAUCCGCAGCGACGGGCUGACGGAGGCCGAGGUGACGGAGCGGCUGCUGCACGUCGAGCGCAAGUAUAGACGCACCACACGCUCUCUGGACAAGCUCAAGGAUCUUAUUCACUCGAUGACGAACACAGCCGCCAAGCACCUGCAGAUCUGUCACGAAGUGCAGACAACUGUGGCGCGAUACGUGCAGCAAAGCUUCCAGUCUAUACUCUUACUCAGAAAGUACUCGGGCCGCAUGGAGAUGGACCACGUGCGCGGCACGCUGGAGGUGCGCUGCGCGGGGCGCGAGAGCGCGGCCGAGCGCGUCGCCACCAGCACGUCGUCGCUGUCCGGCGGCGAGCGGUCCUACUCCACCGUCGCCUUCAUCAUGGCGCUGUGGGACUGCGUCGAGACACCCUUCUGUUUUAUGGACGAGUUUGAUGUUUUUAUGGAUAACGUGAACAGAAAGGUAGUGAUGGAGCUGCUGAUAGACCACGCGAUGAAGAACACGCGGCGCCAGUUCGUAUUCCUCACGCCGCAAGACGCCUCCUCCGUUACUGCCGGACCAAAGAUUAGCAUACAUCUAAUGGCGGACCCAAGGCCGUAGUACGUAAGCAUUUUUAUACGUAUUCAAAAGGAGAUUUAUCAUGUGAUUGUUAUUAUAUUAUGUUACCAAAUGCAACCUCAGGUACUGUCGCGAUGCUACGUGUUACAUCGCGACUUGUUUUUAUUAAUAAUUGUAUUAUUUUAACUUUUAAGUGAAAAUAAUGUUGGCACAAAGUGAUUUUAAAAUAAAAACAUUUUCAAAUAAA